CAACGUUAUUCCCAGGUGGGAUUCAUCGUUUUCAUUGAACUUUCUUGACCGUCGUCGCACAACUGUUUCAGAAUGGGAUCCAAACGAGCAGCUCCAGAGAAAAAGAUUGCUGAACUAACACGGAAAACAAAUUUGAGCAAAGAAAUGGUGCAACGUUUGGUUGCAAACUGGCAAGCCAAAUGCAAAGACAAAGGUUUGGACCGUGACACGAUGCGUGGGGAUCUCAUGAAUGAAUUCAACAUGCUUGAUGACUUUAUUCUGGACAGAAUCUUUCGCACAUUUGAUGUCAGUGCAACAGGGCUGCAUCUUAAGAUGGAAGAUUAUGUGCUGGGAAUGGCAAAAUUUUUAAAGGGAACUCCUGAAGAACAAAGGAAAUUUUGCUUUGAUGUGUAUGACUUAAAUGGAGAUGGCUAUAUAACAAGAGAGGAAGUGAUGCACUUACUGAAGAACAGUGUAGUUCAGAAAUCUAUUGAAGAUGAUGAUGAAGAAGGUACCAAAGACCUGACAGACCUUAUUCUAAAGAAACUUGACUGUGAUGAUCAUGAUGGUCGAGUGUCAUUCAAGGACUUCUGUACUGCAGUUCAAGGGGACAAACUCUUAAUGGAGUCAUUAGGACAGUGUCUGCCUGCUGAAGAGCACAAGCAGAAGUACUUAAAAAUGUUAGGACAAACAGAGGCCACCAAUCAACCUCCAAGUGUAUCUCGAACACAGAGCAACAGAAGUCAAACAAAGCAAUCAAAGGCUGUUCAGCGCCGUCAAGACUGAAUGCAGUGACUUAUCAGAAACAGAACAGACCUUUUUGUUUUAUUAUCACUGUGUUGCAUACAACCUGAACAGGUCUCCUACAAAUAUCUACAGAUAUAAACUGAUCCAUUUUCAAAAUGUAAUUGCUCUCCUAUUCUACACAUUUUGUGUCUUUUCUUUCCAUUUAUUUAUGCAUUUUUUAUUAAAUGUACUGGUGACUUUAGUUCAGAUUUUGUUAUCUUAUGUUGUAAAAAAAUCUACCUUUAUAAUUUAUUCUAAUUCUAGUGCUUUUUAAUAAAUAAUAUGUUAAUAUUUAAAACUUUUAGAAUUUGAUAACACACUCUUUACAUCAAUUGUUAUCUGUGAUAAAGCUUUCAGCAAAUAGAUUUUAGAUUUGAUAAAAUUUGCAUAUGCAUUAUAUACACUAAAAAAGCAUCUUGCUUAAGUUUCUGUAGAUGUAUGCUACAGGGGAGAAAAAAGACCAAUGUAACAUUCCAUGCAUGUUUCAGUGAUAAAAUGUAAUGUUUCAGAAAAAAAA